UGGAAAGGCUUUGUCCGAGGCAGUUGAAAUCUAGCACCUAAAAUAGUGAAAUUGGAAGACCAAAAAGAAAGAACAGGCACGGCCGUAGGAUCAUCUUUAAGCUACGAGAUUUCGUGGUCAGCCAACUUCGCCAGCACGCAGCACUAUGCAAUUUGUUUAAAGAAACAAAUAUGUACUAAUACUUUCCGAAAAACAAUUUGAGAUGACUUUUCUUACGUAGAAGCUGAAGCACAAAAUCUUUUAUUUCUUGCUUGUUAACGUUAAGCUUGUUUCCACGUGGUCAACGCAUCAGGCAUGCUCAUUUAAGUCAUUUUUAACCUUACCGGCUGCGCUGCAAAUUUAAUGAACGUUUUUCCCGAACCCUAUCGAGAACUUCGAUGGCUGCCAUCACUACUCGGAUCGGCCAUGUUUUUCUCUCUGUGCUUUUCUCCCUUGCUUACCUCUCGGUAAUUCAUGGCAGACUCGAUCAAGAUUACAGAGAUCAACUCUUAAGCUCAGCCCAGCAAGACAAACAUUGGUUGGUUUCCAUCUGGAGGCAAAUCCAUGAAAACCCCGAACUCUGCUUCCAAGAACACAACACUAGUGCUCUUAUUCGCCAACAACUCGACCAAAUUGGCAUCCCUUAUUCAUACCCCAUUGCCGGGACAGGCAUUGUCGCCCAAAUUGGCUCCGGUUCUAAACCCGUCGUUGCUCUUCGUGCUGACAUGGACGCUCUUCCUCUUCAGGAGCUUGUCGAAUGGGAACAUAAGAGCAAAAUAGAUGGCAAAAUGCACGCGUGUGGACACGACGCUCACACUACCAUGCUCCUUGGUGCUGCCAAGUUGCUUAAUCAACGCAAAGAUAGACUUAAGGGAACUGUCAGACUACUUUUCCAACCUGCAGAGGAGGGAGGUGCUGGUGCAUCUCACAUGAUAAGAGAAGGAGCUCUAGGUGAUACUGAAGCAAUAUUUGGAAUGCACAUAGAUGCUGGAAGUCCCACAGGAAGCAUAGCGUUGGUUCCAGGACCAGUCUUAGCUGCUACAUGCUUCUUUGAAGCCAAAAUAGAAGGAGUUGGUGGGCAUGCUGCAGUGCCUCAUUCUACUAUAGAUCCAAUUGUUGCUGCAUCCUUUGCAAUUUUGGCGUUGCAACAGCUAACCUCUAGAGAAGCUGAUCCUCUCCAUAGUCAAGUGCUGUCUGUUACUUUUAUCAGAGGCGGGUCUGCAUUCAACUUGAUUCCACCAUAUGUUGAAUUUGGGGGCACUCUGAGGAGUCUGACCACUGAUGGCUUGCAUAAACUCCAACAAAGGUUGAAAGAGGUUAUAAAAGGACAAGCAGCCGUACACAGAUGUAAUGCUUCUAUUGACAUGAAAGAAGAAGAAUACCCACACUAUCCUGCUGUUUUUAAUGAUGAUAGCCUGCAUCAACAUGUUCAGAAGGUUGGUGGGCUUUUGCUUGGACCUGAGAAUGUAAAGACGGGCAAGAAGGUUAUGGCAGGAGAGGACUUUUCCUUCUAUCAAGAAUUAAUCCCUGGAUUCAUGCUUACCAUUGGAAUUAGAAAUGAGGGAGUUGGCUCAAUUCAUCCACCCCACUCCCCUUACUUCUUUAUUGAUGAGGAUGUCCUUCCAAUUGGGGCUGCCCUAUAUACUGCUCUUGCAGAACUAUACCUUAAUGAGCACAAACAUUCUAUAUUACAUCAAACAUUUUAAGGGCUUUAAAAGUAAUGAUGAAAAUCCUUUAUGCUGAUACAUUGAACCUGUCUGUAUAUGCAGUCAGAGGAAGUCCAACUUUCUGAAUCCUUGUAUACUUAUGUGCAGUAGCAAACGUCCAAUAGCUAGUGCAUUUGUGAAAGGUUCUGUUUUGAAGCUCUCUUCAUUCUUUUGGUUAUGGUGGUUGUCUCUGCCAUGGCACAGUGAAUAGGAUAAUGUUCUUCGUAUGGUAUCUUGUUACGUAGCCACUUCUCUUUUCUCUUGUUCCACAUCCCUGCGCCCCAACCCACAAUGAAUUCAUCAAAUUGCACCCGAGGGCAGUCAGCAUAAGGCUAAAAGCUCACGUGGUAUGUUAAAAGUGUGGCAGGUUUUAAAGCACGUAGAUUUGUUGGUUGAUUGCAGUCAACCAAGCGGCUUGUAAGAAAAUCACAGUACUAGGAGGGUGGGACAGCGUCGUGGGAAGGGCUAUAUCAUGAGGGACUAGAAAUUAUCGCACUACACGUGUUUGUUGUAGUCAAAUCUUAAAUGACCUUUACCGAACGCAUCACAUGGAUCGUGAAGGGACUUGCUUUGAACAAACAUGGCAUGUUUCUUCUCUUGUGGGAGCAUGAACCAGGGACAUCUUUCCACAUGCUUGACAGCCCACGCGACGUUUAACUCUAAAAGUCCAAGCCAAACUUGUUUGAUAUACUGUUACUACCAAGUUUAUAACGACAUGCAUCGUUCAUCAUUGUUUUUGUUGUUCACGUGAUCAGUUAUCUUCAAAGGCGAUUCAAGGAAAAUGCUGUCCCCUUAAAACACCGUCGGAAAGUGGACAAGACCAGUAUGUGCAAUUUGGAAGAGGCCACGAAACACUGACUAAGAGCCAAUUUAUUCAAUUCAACCAAACGAAGAAGAAGAAAAAAAAAGGUUCUGUCAAUGCAUGUAUUAGAGAUUUGGUGAAGUUCACUCUAUAAGACCCCAAUUUCAAA